GAAAGAAUUUGAAAAAAAUGAUUUUUCGUUAUAAUUCAAAAUAUAAUCCAGAAGCUUUCAUUGGUUUUAUUAUUAGCAAAUAUUACAAUCUACCGUUAACUUUUGUUAAAGUGACCUGUUUGAAAAAUGUUGAAUUACUUGUUGAAGAACCUCAAGUUACACGAACAAUCACAUCACUUUAUGCUAUUACGCGAUAUUUAUGCCAAUUACACCAAUUGAAUGGUGACGAGCGAUCCAAAGGUUCAUUGGCAUCUUUGCGAGAAGAGGAAACUAUUAUUUGGGUUUUAUGUGACUUGAUUCCAGUGCUCCAUGGUCUCAAUAUUCAGAAAAUGCGUCACGUUAUGGAGUUUUUAGAAAAGAAACUGGCAACAUUUUCACAAAGUACUUGUGUAUUAGUUUCCCAUUUGUUUAUUUACGCCGUUUUAAAAAGUAAUUUCGUGUAUGAAACAAUAAAGCAAAAUAUCAAGGUGUCCCCCGUAUUAGAUGCGUUUCUUCUCUUCAUUGAAAAGCAAGAGAAUUUUAAAGCAAUCCGCACGACUACAAGUAAAUUUGACUUGAUGUUCCAGUCAACGUUAAACCUUAAAAAACAAGCAAACAAACCUUUUUACAUUUCGACGGCAAUCAAUUAUACCAAUAGCUCACCUCAUGUUGGGCACGCUUAUGAAAGUGUGCUAGCUGAUACCAUCGCUCGCUAUUAUAAGAACGAAUUGGGCCAAGUACUUUUCACCACGGGAACUGAUGAACAUGGCCAAAAAAUAGCUACCAAUGCAGCGGAACAAGGAAAGACACCUCUAGAGAUUUGUGACUACUACACAAAACAAUUUCAGGAGUUAAACCAACAAUUAAAUGUCAAGUAUACCCGAUUUGUUCGCACGACAUCCGAUCAGCAUUGUCACGUAGCUCAAACGGUGUGGAAGUUAUGCGAAGAACGGGGUGAUAUUUAUCUUGGGACGUACACUGGAUGGUAUAACGUUCGAGAAGAGAAAUAUAUUCCUGAAGUUGAAGCCAAAUUGUUGAAUUACAAGGAUCCUGUAACCAAUAAACCUUUUUUAAAAAUGCAGGAAGAAUCUUAUUUUUUCAAAAUGUCCAAAUAUCAGCAACAUCUCAUUGACUACAUUCAUGAACAUGAGAAUUUUAUUCUUCCAGUGUAUCGACGCAAUGAAGUUUUAGCACGUUUAACGACUUGCCCUUUAGAAGAUUUAUCCUGUAGUCGCACAGGUAUGACGUGGGGGAUUCCUAUUCCUAAUGAUUCGCGUCACGUCAUGUAUGUAUGGUUUGACGCGUUAACAAGUUAUUUAACAGGGUGUCAAUUUGAUGGAAAAAACAUUUCAUCGCAUUGGCCUCCAAAUGUUCAGUUGAUUGGAAAAGAUAUUUUAUGGUUUCACUGCGUCAUUUGGCCUUGUCUUUUGUUCUCUUUACAACUGCCACUUCCAGAAUGUAUUCUAGCGCAUGGAUUUGUUUUGGAUAAAACCGGAUGUAAAAUGUCUAAAUCUCUUCAAAACGUUGUCGAUCCUUUUGCGGUACUGUCCCAAACGAGAAGUUCAGAUCUGUUCAGGUUUUAUUUAGUGUACUGUGGAGAGGUGGGAAAGGAUUUGAAAUUUGACGCAGAUAACCUUAAGAUCAUUCGUGAUAGUGAAUUAGCUGAUACUUUUGGGAAUCUAGUGCAUCGAGCUACCGGAAAAAGAAACCGUCCAGUUCUGCAGGGUCAAAUACCCGAAUGCUCAAUGAUUUCCGAUUUUCCUCCUUUUAAUUUCCGGGUAGCACUUUUUGAAUUUUUUCAAUCGAUGGAUAAUUUUAUGCUUCAUGAAGCCUUAACACUCACACUUCAAUUAUGUCGUACUGUUAAUAAAUAUCUUACGGAAAAAGCUCCAUGGACGCUAAAGGAUGACAUGGAAAAACGACGCAUUUGUCGAGUUUUAUUAGAGUCCGUUUACUACCUCGCCCACUUUCUCUCACCUUUUUUGCCUUGUACAUGCGAUAAAAUCUUUCAACGAUUGGGGACAUGUCAACGAAAACUAAGAGAUUUGUCACCGUUUUAUCAAAAUUUAAAUUCUGGAACGACCAUUACAGUAGACCAUGUGCUUUUUGAGAAAAAUUGAAACAUGACGUUUCUCCACACUUUAUCUACUGAUACUAAACACAAUAAAAAAAAAACUUUUUAAAUUUGCUGUGUUUAUAAAGACUGUGUGAAAACGACAA